AUGCCCGCUGAGUCCGACACACAAGCUCAAGUUGAGCUGGCAUACCGGAAUAAACCAUUUCUCACGGGGUACCUUGGUCCAACGAGCUUUGUGUCAUCACUAUGUGACGAUGUGGACCUCUCCUCGGAUGGCCGAAGUGUUGGAAUGAAAAGUCCACCACGAGUUCUACCCUCUUUUUGGGUUCAGAAGGUCUCUGAUCUACUACUUGCUUUGACAGACUUUGCUCCAAUCGAAGCAGUCAUCCGCGAAUAUUAUGGAUUGAGUCAGGCCUCUGUGAUUCCUGGGCCAUUCAUCUUGAACAGUCUGGCUCCAAUUGAAGAUAUGACCAAGGGUCUUCUUUCUGCCCACAAGGCAGGUGAAUCCAGGUCUUUAUUAACGACAAAAGUGAUCCAGAACACGGCCAAGAUUUUUGAAGUUCCAUCGUCGGUGGCUGGGAAAGACUUUCACUCUUUAUAUACCGACCAGGCUAUUCGUUUAGAGAUACUCGGGGUGAUUUGCUCAUUGGCCGGGCGCGCAGCAUAUCUGGGACUCGCUGGGGAAAACUUUAACAGUGAGCAACAACGUUUACAAUUUUCGAAGAAGAUGCUCAUCGCGAGCGAUGCUGCACUUCACAUUUGCAAAAUCCUGACCCCCUUGAACGAUCUUACCAUUUGGCUGGUGCAAGAAAAUUUAUUCUUCUGCCUUGCUGCAGAUGGUAAUUCGAGUCCCCAAACAUGGAACAAACUCGGCGAGCUAUCUACGGACAUUUUCGCACUUGGCCUCCAUCGCAAUUCAAAAAAUCCAACUCAAACACCGGAAUUCCUUCUGGAAUCCCGUCGGCGUACUUUUGCAGCAGCCUACAGAGUGGAUAAAAGUAUUGCAACAUUUCUGGGCCGGCCACCUCGCAUACCAGCGAGAUAUGCUGAUUGCGGUCUACCGCUCGAUGUUAGUGACGAGGCAUUUUCAACAGAUAAUGGGACCUUGAGCUAUUCCCUUGAUCAACUUGACAUAAAUGGCUGGAGUACCUGCGGCUUCUUUUACCCUGCUUCUUGGAUGCGAGCUCGUUCGAUCAUAUGUGGGUUUCGUGAUGAGAUUCUCGAAGUUGCAUUGCAGAAGGACACUCCUGAGACUGCGGCUACUCUACUUGGAAUCUCCAAGAGAUGCCAUGCAUCUUGGAAUAAAAUACCUGCCCAUCUCAAAUAUACUCCCCAGUGUUGGGAGAUGAAUCUCCCAAUCGCUACUCCGAUCAUGCUCGUUGUUUCAUAUUUAGCAUAUCUAUACAACGAAUUCUUGGUACACCAGUUCCUAGUCGGCAAACAAAACCCUAGAGCGAGUUGUGCACUAUUGUCCGUCAGCUCGGAUAUCUUGUCUACAGUUCUAAUAAUCGGAACUCGACGUGAUCACGCUGUGGACUUGCGACCAGACUUUACCUGGCUGAUUCUCCUUUAUGGAAUCCCCAGUGCUAGCAUCCUUGUCAAAGCCCUCCAAAAUCAAAAUCGGUCUGGAGAACCACUAUUAUACGAAGGCUCGAGGCCUGCUCUGAUUCGAAGUUUGAGCGUUUUCAUCUCUCAUUUGGACAGCGUUGCACAACCUGAUAAUUCUAACUAUUCAUUAUUGCAACGGGCAAGUCAGGUAUUUACGAAAAUUAUCGACGAAAUUCUUGAACCACAGGCUUCACUGCCUCAGAAUGAGCUGGACGAUUUGGGUUUACUUGAUUGUAAUCAAUUGAUUGAUAUGAGUGACUUGGACCUGUUAAAUACCAUUGAAAUUGGUGUCUCUUUUGACCAAUGGUUGAUUUAA